UGGCAUGAAGCCCAAAGAGUAAAUUUUUAAUGCAAUGUUUUGAUCAACCUUCAUCAAAAUUCCAGUGAAAAUAUGACUUUUCCAAGUAAAUUAACUGCAAAAAAUGUGAUUUAGUAGGUGUAGUUGGCAGCGCAAACACUAAAGAGCAUAAUGGAAGUAAUGGCAGGGCUGUCAAGGUAUUUGCGGCGAAAGGUUUUAGAAGUUCCUGUACGUGUUGUAACUUUACAUUGCGUGAACUACACGAGGCUAGCUGAGGUUGGCCGCUUAGAAGAACCGAAGUCUGAUGGAAAAUAUGACACAGGACAACUGUUUCUUCACAGAGUAUUUGGCUACCGUGGCGUCGUUCUUUUUCCAUGGCUUGCCAGAGUAUACGAUAGAGAUGAGUCUGUCCGGAAGAGAGGAAACAGGAGUGUGCCAUCUCCUGGAUCGCCAUCUUCAGAUGUAAAAGGUCAGACACAGACCUUCUAUCAAGUUCUAAUUGACUCCAGGGAUUGCCCAUUCAUUCGAGCACAAACAGAGGCAGUUACGUUUCUUGGUAACCAAGACAGCAGUCGUAGCUUAUAUGCUAUACCAGGCUUGGACUAUGUAGCCCAUGAGGAUGUACUGCCAUAUACAACUACUGAAAAGCAGCCACUGCAUCAUGAACUGGUGGACAAAUUCUUGUCUCAUGUGCCAGACAGAGAUCCUCCAUUUGUAGGACUAGAAACUUUAGAUGCAUGGCAAAGAAAAAAUCAUCCAUGGCUUGAGUUGUCGGAUGUUCACAAGGAAACAACAGAAAAUGUUCGUGUGACAGUCAUACCUUUCUAUAUGGGUUCUAGAGAAUUUCAGACUGCUUCUGUUUAUUGGUGGCGAUACUGCAUACGUCUUGAGAAUCUUGGAAAAUUAUCAGUUCAGCUGCGGGAGCGGCACUGGCGAAUCUUCAGCCUGUCAGGUACACUGGAGACAGUGCGUGGACGUGGAGUGGUUGGCCAGGAACCUGUCCUCUCUCGGACUUCGCCAGCUUUCCAGUACAGCAGCCAUGUCAGUUUGCAGGCACCAUCAGGCCACAUGUGGGGCACCUUCCGUAUGGAGCGUGAAGAUGGAUUUUCAUUCGACUGUCGCAUCCCGCCCUUCCCACUUGAGAGCAAAAUAGAAGAGCAGCCACCAGCCUCAUCACCUACACAGGGAGCAGAAUGAAUUAGAGACUAAUUGUAUUUAUUGUACAGAUUUCAGUAAUUUAUUUGAAAAAACAAUUGUGCAAGUUGUAAUUUCUCAACUGUCCUUGCUGAUGCAAGUGAAUUAAAGAAUUGAAACUGUGGAUAGCCUGUGAAA